UAUAUAUAUAUAUCCCUGCAAAAGCCAUAACCAGUACAAUUAAUUCCCCCAACUAUUUGUCAUCUCUCCCUUGUCCUCCACUUUUGUAGUACUUUAAAAUACUGUUACUAUUACUGAUCUAGGUAUACAUCCAUGGCCAACGACGCCGCUUUGAGAUCAUCCCUGGUUUGGCUGGCUUUGGUACUAGUCUUAAUAGGACUCUACACACAAUCUUGGAAGAAGAUGUUAGGGACUUACCUGUUUGGCAUCUGUGGAAUUGCUGGUGUGUUGCUGCCCGAUUGGGAGUACUUCGACCGCCCCGUCUCUCAGUGGUGCACUCCCCUCUCUCUUUCUGCGCAGGACAUUCGCAUGGCCUCUCUGUCUCAUGAUCACACACCUUCAAGGUUUAGGUUCUACCCUGCCAGACUGGUUAUUUACACUGUAAUUUAUGGUUUUGCUCUGUACAAGUGGUGGAUGUUCAUAUCAAGCUAGUGGACUUGCUUUUCAUAUGUAUGACCGCUUGCAAUUUAUGAGAUUUUUGGGUAAUAGAUAGACUAAUCAAUUGUAAGUUCAGUGCUUCUUAAUGAAGUUGUGUGGAGUUUGCAGGACCUUGGGAUCUCUGCAUACAAAUGGCUGAGACAUUUUUCAUUAUUUGUAGCAUUCCAAAUAUUGUUGCACUC